CUUUCCACUCAGUUCGACGGCAGAAGGGAAGAAAGCCGGUGAGCGAAGGCCGGCGAGGCCUGUGAGCUCCAUGGCGGCUCUCCUCCUCCCGCCCCGACGACGACGACGGAGGCGAGGGAGGCGGCGGUGGCGAGGAGGAGGGGGCCCGGCCGUCCUCCCGCUCAGGCCCGGGGGGGAGAGAUGCGAGGCGGCGUCGGGGCGGGCCUGGUGUGGCUGGCGCUGGCCUUGUGGAGCCCCCGCCAGGCCUCCGCCUCCUCCUCCUCUCCUCCAGGCCUUCGCUUUGCCUCCUUCGAGGUGAUGGUGCCGAGGGAGAUGUCGUCUGGGCCGCAGGAGCGGAGCUACCUGCUGGAGGUGGAGGGGGCGGGCCUGGUGGUGGAGCUGAGGCCGGCGAGGGGCUUCCUCCCCAGGCACCUGCCCGUCUUCACCUACAGCGAGGAGGGCGAGCGCCAGGUGGACUUCCCCUUCCUCAGGGAGGACUGCUACUACCAGGGAGCCCUCCAAGGCAGGCCCACCUCCUCCAUGGCGGCCUUCUGUACAUGCUCAGGGGGCUUCAGGGGCUUCCUGCAGGUGGGGCGGAAGCUGUACGAAAUCGAGCCCGUCCAGGACUCAGCCACCUUCCAGCACGUGGUGUAUCGCUUGGAAGACGAUGCGGGACAAGGGCGAAUGAGGUGUGGGCUCACCGUGGACGAAAGCUGCCCCGAAGCCCUGCUUCCAGUCCACCUCAUAAGCAAAACGUCCCCCGGGGACCUUUGGAGGACGCGCACUAGGUAUGUCAAAGUGGCAAUUGUGGUGGAUCACGCGUUGUAUGUCCACUUUGGCAGGAACGACACACUGGUGGGCCAGAGAGUGGUGGAGGCCAUCCACUUGGCGGACUCGCUCUACAAGCCCUUGAGGGUCCGCGUGGUCCUUGUUGGUCUGGAGAUCUGGUCACAAAAGAACCUCGUGGCGAUCCCGAAGAGCAUGAGCGAACUCCUUGGCGCUUUCAACAGCUGGAGGCAAACAACACUCAUCCGGCAUCUAAGGCACGACGUCGGCCACUUAUUUGUAUAUCAGCGUUUUGGAACGACGCUCGGGACGUCCUGUGUAGGAUCGGUGUGCGAUCCUACCUGGGCGUCUGCCGUGGAGGCGUUUAUCACAUCCAGCAUGCUAUCUUUCGCUAUCACCUUCAGCCAUCAGUUGGGGCACAGCCUCGGCAUGCGACAUGAUGAAAAGGGCUGCUUUUGUAACCGGCGUUCUUGCAUCAUGGCUCCGAUCCAAAGCCACACAAGUAGCUUCAGCAACUGCAGCUUUGACAGCUAUUUUCAGGUAAUAAACAGCAAUAGUAAACAAUGUCUCUUGGUUCCUCCAGAACAUGAGAAAUUAUAUGAACUCGAAAACUGUGGCAAUAAAGUGGUAGAAAGCGGAGAACAAUGUGACUGUGGUUCAAAAUUGCAUUGUGAAUCUGACGCGUGCUGCCAGUCCAAUUGUAUGUUGCGGCCAGGAGCCGCGUGUGCUUUUGGAAAGUGCUGUGCUAACUGUCAGUUCCUUCCAGCUGGAACGGUUUGCAGAGGAAGGACUAAUGUCUGUGACCUUCCUGAGUUCUGCACUGGGAUUACAGAAUGGUGUCCUGAAGACACAUAUGUACAAGAUGGAGCUCCAUGCUAUGAUGGUGCCUACUGCUAUCAUGGAAAAUGCUCUACUCACAAUGAACAAUGCAAAAGAAUCUUUGGUAAACAAGCAGCAGUUGCCCCACUAAGUUGCUUCAGAGAAAUAAAUAUUAAAGGUGACCGUUUUGGGAAUUGUGGCAUUACUGGUAAUACUUAUAGGAAAUGUGAAAACAGUGGUGUGCUAUGUGGGAAAAUCCAGUGCAUAAAUGUGGAUGAAAUUCCUAAUUUAGGUGACAAUAGCACCAUAAUCCAAACCUAUGUUAAUAACAAUUUGUGCUGGGGUAUAAGUGACCUAAAUGAUACUGGAACGGUAAAAGACGGCACAAAGUGUGGCAAUAGUAUGAUAUGUGUUAAUAGGGAUUGUAUCAAAGUGUCUCUCUUGAACUAUGACUGUAAUCUCACAAAGUGCCACAACAGAGGAGUAUGCAAUUCCCAUAAAAAUUGUCAUUGUAAUUAUGGGUGGGCCCCUCCUAAUUGCCUAAAAGAAGGCUAUGGUGGCAGCAUUGACAGUGGACCCUCUCCACCUAACAGUGGCAAUACUGGAAUGAUUCAAAGCCUUGUAAAUGCUUUUGCUGCUUUUGCUGUUUUUAUUGCUGGAGUUGGAAUUUUGUAAGAAAUUUACCAAUGGGAUUAUUGAAAUGACUAUAGCUUGCUUACUGAUGUUUCCAGUGGUAAACUCCAGUAAGUUCUCAAAUGAGGAUGACUUCUGAAGUAUCUAAUCAGAAAUUGCGAACACUUAUACAGUGAUGACCAUAUAAAAGAUGUGGUAUACUACAAUGCAAGUAAUGCAUUUUUGUUUCUGUUAAAUAAAAUUGGUCUCUGAACAAUUUUUAAAGGCAGUUUCUGCAUAUAAUUAGUUUUGUAGACUUAUCGUCUUCUUAGAAAUUACACAGGGCAUGCAGGUGGUAAUGCCUGGGGAUACUGUCAUACAGGGCUUUUUAUGACAGUUACUUUGGAAUGUCACAUAAACAUAACACUGAGUUAGAUCAGUUCCAUUUACUUAAAUUAGGUUCUGUGUCAUUGAUAUUAUUUACAAGUCACAUAAAUAAUCUGUUGGGUAUAUAAUAUCUUUAAAAUAGUUCCAAUUUUGUCCCUUAUUCUAAUUAUUUGUUAUAUUUUUAUUUAUAAAUGCUGCUCUCUGAAUAGAGCCAAACAUUCUUGUUGAAGGUCAAGUACACUCAUAUUUAAGAAACAAAACCAUUUUGGCACAAUAUUGUCAUGCUGCAUUAUAUUUCUUGAAAUAAUUUCCAUGGGUACAGGCAAUUAAUAAAAUUUCAUUGGAUGUUUUCAGAGUUUGUUCAAGGAAUUCAGCUGGAUUCCUGGACAUACCCAUUUCAUAUAUAUAUAUAUAUAUAUAUGUUCAAGCAAAUGGGUGACACAUCCUGACACAGUAUUUGCACCUGUGUAAAUACAAAAGAUUGUUGCUAAAUGCCUUUUUGUGGAGGCAAAAUUUAUACUGGGACUACUUUGUGCAAGGGUUAAAUGAAAGAUGUCUGGAAGCCUGACAAAAUUAAAGUAGUAAGAGAGUGCUCUCCAAGACAAAUCUAACUGGAUGAUGCAUUUGUAUAGACUCUAAUAAACAGUUCUCUGAAUCGUAAUAAUGCCAAUGCAAUCAGUCAGCUUCCUGAUGCUUCUUUAAAUUCUUAUAGAGACAAAACAUCUCAAAACUGCACACUCAACAAUCUCCUCACUCAAUUUUUUUUAAAGAUAUAAUCAACAUUAGAGUUUGAGAGAGGUCUUGGUCACGAGAGCAAAAAUUGCAUAGAAUCAUAGCAUAAAUAUUCUACCACAUACUGACCUUGCCAAUCCCCUCUGUUUUAUAUAAUUGUGUAUAUAGUUUUUGAGUAGCGGCGAAACAUUUUAUGAUAAUCCCAAACACUCAUUUUGACUGCAGCAAUAUUUAAUCAUGGGUAAUUGAGCUGGGAAUUGCAGUCUCUAUCUGUGAAAUGACUGACACUGCUAUUUUAUAUCCAGGUCUGGUAUGUUAUGUCUAUUUGUAAAUGGUCUUACAAGCAGAAAAGCAACAUAUUUGUCUGAUUUAGAGUGGCAGGUGCUAAUUCAGUCAGAUUUGUGUGAUUUUGCAGGAGACAACAGUGCAGACUAGUGGAGCUUUGUGUUAUAUAUAUAUAUGCUGUAGUAGUAAAACUUGAGAACUUCAGCAUCUGAAAGUCAAACUGGUUUUAAGGAACUCUCAAAUGUCAACAGGAUUACUAUAGUGAAAUGUGUCUAAUUAAAAAGCUUGAUUUACAAA